CCGAUCCGAAAUCCAAGAUGGCCGCCAUAGCCACCAUCUUGAAAAACACAUUUUUAACUUCUUCUCUUCUCUUAAAACAUAUACGGAACACUUACGAAACAACUACUGAACUGAUACCGGAGGUAAUAGACCUGUUUUACAUACUUAAUGGAAAAUAACUUGGAUGUUUCGAUUCGUCAGUGCGCUUAUCUGUUAAAAAGUGGUUUUCGCUAAAAUUUGAGUGCACCAAAUAAAUGCUUUAACAGUAAUGCUACACAUAAUUUUACGUGUUUAUGUCAUUAACUUUGAGAAGCCGAAUACAUUUUUUCCUGUGUAACAAAUACAGGUGUUUACGGAUGAUGUCGAGUUCUGAAGAAGAGGCUAUCUGUGUUGUCCUGGACAACGGUUCCUAUAGAAUCAAAGCAGGAUUCGCCGGGGAUGAUGCUCCACGGAGUGUAUUUCGGACAUUAGUAGGAACGUCCUUGCAUGAGGCGAAAUGUUACGUAGGUAGCCAGAUCAUCGAGAUGAUGGAUGUCCUUGAUAUACGAAGACCGAUAGAGCGAGGGAUCGUUACUGACUGGGAUGCGAUGGAGAGAGUGUGGGAUCACGUAUUCUAUGAUCUUAGCGUGGAGUCUUCUGACAUUAAUGUUCUUGUAACAGAACCAUCUAUGAAUCCAAAGUCAAACAAAGAAAAAAUAAUACAAAUUAUGUUUGAGACAUUCCAGCCGCAAGGAAUGUAUGUGAUUUCGCCAAAUGUGCUGUCACUUUUCUCUCCGGGACGCACCACUGGUCUCGUGAUAGAUUCAGGUUUUGAAUUGACGUGUGUCGUGUGCAUAUAUGAAGGAUAUAAAAUAGCCCAAUCCAUACAUAGAUCCGAUAUCGGCGGUAAUGAUAUCACUAACUACUUGAUCGAACUUCUUAGGCAAACGAGGCUUCGCGUUUACCACAGCGGAAGAAAUAGAGGAAGUCAACAUGAUGAAAGAACGAUGUGCUUACGUUUCUACCAACCCUGAAGCGGAAAAAGGUGGACGACAUUAAAAAGGACUAUACUUGUUCUAAUGGAACAACCGUCUGUCUUGGGGAAGAGAGAUUCCAGUGUAUGGAGGCCAUGUUUGACCCGUCUUUGAUCGGAAGUAAAGCAUGCGGCAUACACGAACUGAUUGUGAAAAGUAUCAAAGCAUGUCCAGUAGAUGUGGUGAGAGAUUUUUACCAGAAUGUUAUUAUCACAGGAAGCAACACGAUGACAUCAGGUUUUGUGUCUAGACUAGAACGAGAAUUACGGGCAUUAUUGCCAGCAAGCAAAUGCAUCAAAGUCGUCGCUCCCCCUGAAAGACACUGCUCAGCCUGGAUAGGUGGAUCGAUUUUAGGGAGUCUUUCUACGACAGGAAGAAUUUGGAUAACACCUGCAGACUACGACGAGUUUGGACCUAAUAUAGUUCACAAUCCGGACUUUCCCCUGCAUUAGUUAUAUCAGUGAUUUUUUAUUCAGUAACAAAGAUAUACAACCGACUAAACAGAAUCAAAAGGACAAUGAUGAGACGAUAAUUUCCAAAACUUAAAAAUGUUAAACAAGGCAUCGCAACACUACAUUGUCUGUGGUGAAGUGAAGUUGCAUGAUUAGAAAGACGAGUAUUACGCACCAUUUUAUUGAUGGGGGCCUACUGAAUUUUAUGUUAAUAUAAAUGGUCCUAAAGUUGAAUUUUAUAUUUUUGUUGAAUAUGACAUCUUUUCCAUCGGCACACUUGAUGUUUGUGAGUGUUUCAUACAAUUUCGACUAACGAAAUAGAAUACAUUUUGUGCAAACGGUGGUAUUUUUCAUUUGUAUUUAGAAUCUCGUGUUUGAACAAAGGCGUGUAAUUCAGUUUUCCUUAUUCUUGUCAAUUCCCUGAAAGACUUCUGAUAUGAAAUUAUUUCGAUAUUGAUGAACAACAGAUUGCAGAAGUUUGAUGAAGAACAUGUGUUGGGUGUUUAUGUAUGUUGUUCUUAAAGGCUAGUCAGCCAAAAUAAGUCUACGUGUUUACGAGAUUGAAAUUAACAAUUGGUAUCGUUGUGUUUAGAUUAUACAAUGUACUAUUGGAUUAUCUGUUGUUGUAGUUUGCUCCCUUAUGUAUUAAACUAUUUUUUCAAUGUAGGUCUUUAAGUUGUCUUCAUACGAAUCUUUCUGAGGAAGUAUAGAAAUAACAUGAUGCCAAGAACUCAUUACCAAUUUGCCUUUUGGCAUUGAGGAGAGCAUGUUAGUGUAAUGGUACCAUACACCAGACGCAAGGUACAGAAUCCAUGUAUCUCCAAAUUCAGAUUUGCUGUCUUUUUAAACUAUAUCAAUUUGAUGUACUCUUCGUGAUGUUGCUAAAACAGUUAAAAUUACGUAGAACAUAAACAAUUGAAGCCUCAUAUGAUUUUCUUAAAUAAUUUUAAAACAUAAAUAUUCUAGAAGCGACCUCACACAAUCACCGAGCACCAUUAACCCUCGAGGACCUAGCUUGGAUACGAACUGUGAUAUUUACACAGAGAUUUGAUCUACAUCUAUAUUAAAACGAUACCAAUAAUAAGGCAUGACCGAGUAAAGGAUUGGUACUGAUGUACAUCUCAUAUUCAAAGCAUCAUUUACAUUACCAUACCUGGCGAAGCCGUCGCACAAAUUAAUCUUUGGUGUACAUUGUGUUGUGUAUAAAAAACAAACUUAAUUUACGUUUUUUUUUUGUUUUUUAAUUUUUGAAAACUGCUUAAGUUUUAUCAAUCGCUCAUUCUUGCCCUGAUGUAAUUGUACAAAUGACACAAAAUAGCAGCUUUGAAUAAGUAAUUAACCAGGUCUAUAUCGAAAAGUAAAUACAAAACUGCAUCAUUCAUCUGUUUUGCCAGUCAGUGAUGUUAGAGGCCAAUCGUGAUGAUAUCCAGAGGGGAAUAGGGACCCGGCUGGCAACCUUCAUGAAAGACUUGCGUUUAAGUAAUGUGCCCAAAACGAUUAUCACACACAAACCUCCUUCUGACGUAAUACAGACAAAAUAAUAAAUUAAGUAAUGUAUCCAUAUCACCUUUUGAACCUGUGUAAUAUAUUAAGAUACUUACAGGUGUGGAUCAACGAGACCAAUUUGAAGCAACCUGGAAUGUCAAGUUCAGACGAAGAGGAUCCCUGUGUUGUUCUUGACAACGGGUCCCACAGGAUCAAGGCAGGAUAUGCAGGUGACGAUUCUCCACGGAGUAUAUUUCGGACCAUUGUUGGAACGCCCUUGUUUGAGGGGCAAACGAUUGAUGGCAAAUCACAGCAAAAGUUUUACGUAGGUGAUCAGUUGAAGAUUGAAGAUAUGGACACCCUGGAAAUUCGAAGACCAAUAGAGCGAGGAAUUGUAACCGACUGGGAAGCCAUGGGGGCAGUAUGGAAUUUCGUAUUCGGCGAUCUCCGUGUAAAUCCGUCUGACCACAAUGUCCUUGUUACGGAACCACAGAUGAACCCAAAAUCAAACAGAGAGAAAAUGGCACAAGUCAUGUUUGAGAAAAUCCAGCCCCGAGGAAUGUAUGUUAUUAGCCCCAAUGUACUGUCCUUGUACGCCUCUGGAAGGGGAUCAGGUCUCGUGGUAGAUUCAGGUUUUGAAGUGACAAGUGUCAUGUGCAUUUAUGAAGGACGUAAAGUUGCUCAAUCCAUCUUUAGAUCCGAUAUCGGCGGCAAUGAUAUUACUAACUACCUGAUCGAACUUCUGGGAAAACGAGGCUUCACGUUUACCACAGCGAAAGAAAUAGAGGAGGUUAGCAUUAUAAAGGAACGUUGUGCUUACGUUUGUACCAACCCUGAAGCGCAAAAAGAGGACGACAUAUACACUUUUUCUAAUGGAACAAUUGUCUGUCUUGGUAACGAAAGAUUCCAGUGUAUGGAAGCCAUGUUUGACCCGUCCCUGAUCGGAAGUAAAGCAUGCGGCAUACACGAACUGAUUGUGAAAAGCAUUAAAGCAUGUCCUAUGCAUGUGCGAGGUGAUAUUUGCUGCAACGUAAUUGUCUCUGGAAGCAACACGAUGACACCAGGUAUAGCCACUAGAAUAGAUCAGGAAUUGAGGAAGGUUUUACCAGUUAAUCGUAAAAUAAAAGUUAUUGCACCUCCUGAAAGACGCAGCUCAACCUGGAUAGGAGGAUCAAUUGUGUCAAGUCUGUCUUUAGCACAGAAUAUGUGGAUAACACCAAUGCAUUAUGACGAGUAUGGACCGAAUGUAGUUUAUAGGCCGGAGUUUACUCGGUAUGGUUGAGAUCAGCGGAAUACCACGAUUUUUAAUCUGUUAAAAGUUGAUAGGCUGGAGUUUAACUGGUAUGGGUAAGAUCAGCGGAUUACGACAAGUUUUAACAUAACACAGUGUUUAGGCCGGAGUUUACCCGGUAUAGUUAAGAUAAGCGGAUUACGACGGGUUAGACCCUAAUAAGUAUAGUUUAUAUGCCGGAGGUUACCCAGUAGGAUUGGGAUCAGCGGAUUAGGAUGGUUUUGGACAUUAUAUAAUGUGGCUCGUGGCAGACCAUCACAGACCCGAUAGGAAGCGUUUAAUUUGUUGCUAGCGAACGAUUAUCCACUUUUUUCUGCAGUCUGGUAAUACUGACAGGAUAUCCGUCAUAGUUAUAAUAAUGUUUAAGUUUUUGUUAUGAAUUAACAGUAAAGAUUUGAAGACUAAAACAACUGUUUUUCAUCCGUGACGAUUGGAAGCAAUUGGAUCUCCUGCGAAACCAAUGUUUAAUUUCUUACCUAUUCAUACACUUAUAACAUCCGAAUAGUCGUGUCGGUGUGAUGCACAUCUGGAGAGUGUCCGACUGUUUACAAGGCGAGCCUGUGAGAGGAAGUAUUCGUCCGCACAAUAUGUUAUUUGUGACAUUAGAUCAAAACAUGUUAUUACUGAUCACCUUCAUUAUUUUUGCUAGAUUUUAUAUUUUCUGUUUCAAAUAAAAUUGAAUGAUUGUACUUCAUUUAAUAUAAAAAGUAUGAUUCCACGAACGUGUAUGGCAUAUAAAUAUACAGUAUAGGAUGUACAUAACUUAGAAUAAAAUGUACAAGUUUUAGUCUACAAACUAUAACAGCAUGACCUACUGUGUUCUGUUUAAUGUUUUGAUACACAUGGCCCCCGAAAAAUAUAAGGAAAAAAGAAACGAUAAUUUACAUAUCUUCAACCCGAAAAAUGGACAGUGAAAAUACUCGUCUGUCAUUGAUUUAUUUAUCUAUGCCUAUAUUCUGAAUACACCGGUGAAAUAGUAACAAUAUUAUGCAGGAUGUUUUUUAUUCUGUACAAAAUAUCGCGGUAAUGCAUGAUCAUGCAGCCGAUAAACACUAACCGCGGCCUUCACCUUUUAUACAAAAUCAGCACGCGUACGGUCGAUCAAUUUUUUUUCUGAACUGUUUAUUGUUUCAUAUUUUUGAAUCGUAGAACAUUGUGAGUACAAUAUUUACAUUUAUAUUAAAAUGUAUGUAUCGCUUUCAUAGAAUAUUAUGAUGUAAUUGUACGACUCCGUAGUGUAAAUCGCGUGUCUGUCUGGCAAAGACAAUUUACUCAUGAAUUUUGCUUUUAUUUGUAACCGUGCAGAAUAUUUUUUAUUAGAUGAACGAUUAAUUGUUAUGUACAAUUAAUUUCUAUGUUAUUGCUUAUUGUUUAUUUUCGACCAUGUUAUCAAGCACCUGUUCGGCAUACAACCGAUGAUAUUCGGGUAUUUUGUCUCCGUAUACAAACGGACACUGAUAAGUCGAACCAUUUGAUAAGUCGAAUAUUUUGCUUGGUCCCGUCGGUUCACUAUCCGAGUAUAAACAAAAAUUGAGUAUAUAUGUAUAUACCAUGUAAUUUGUCAAGUAGUAUUGUCGAAUUUUCGAAGCAAUCUACCCUUUAUCAAGACACAAGUAAAUUACAAACGAUCGCAAAGACAUAGAACAUGUAGAUGAACAACGAAAAAUAUCGUUAUGUUUGUGAAAACGAUCCCCUCUGUCGAAAAUUAAUAUAUGCAUAUAUAUAUAUAAAUUUACAUUCUGUGUUACAUUUGCCUAUAUGUCGUUAGUAUUCAUGAGACUGUAAUCUACAAUUUACAGUGAUUCGGUCAGCGUAGAAAUAUAGCUCCAGUGUUGGAGGUUAAACAAUGGAAGCCAGUUGCAAGGCCUAUCAUUGAUCUAUAUAAACCAGUACCACCACAAAAAUAUUGCAACACAAAUUAUGAGAGUGAAAUUUAAUAAUAAAAAACCAAUGUUGUCACAAAAUUAUUAUAAGCGUUAUUCUUGAGAGAUCUAUACGAAGCUAUCAAAUUGUCAAGACUCAAGGUCGUCACACUCACAGGCGCUCGUUGUCAAAUUUUCAUAAAUGCUAGACGCAACAUUAAAAGUCCAGCCUUUAUAAAACUUCUAGAAAUGUAUAUGACAUAUAAGGUAAGCCUUGUGCAAAAACCAUUUGGUGUGAUUGCUUUUAAUAACGACAUGAGGGACUAUAUUAAUCCUGGAAAUUUCUGCUGUUCUGGUAUUUGACGUCAGUGAUAGUGAAAGCGGCAAAUUUAAACGCGUCUUUAGCUACAGUGAAUAAAAUAAUCUUUAUGAAUGUAAAUGUAAGCAUUGACCUGUUACCAAAUGGUAGUAUGCCGUCGAUAUGAAUACAAUUUGGGUGACAAAUAAAUAUUUU